AUGGCGAUUGAAGCUCGGGAUUUGGGCUCUGCAUCCGGCGUCUGGCAGAUGUGCAUCGGCAAGGAGUGUAACUUCACCUUGGUGGUGAAGGAGUGUUACACAGACCCGGAGGCCGCCAGAAGCCUCGAGGGCUCAGAUGGCGCUGUCGAGGGCAGCGCCGAGCUUUCUGAGGUGAAGCGCGUGAAGCGCCGGGAGUUUAAGGUCUGGUCUCCUCUGCUCACAGGCUGGUCCCCUGUCUUUGAGAGGAUGCUCAGCUCGGACAACUACGUGGAGUCCAGGGAAUUGCAAGUGGUCAUCUCAGACUUCGCGGCAGAGGCCGUGGAGAUCUUCGUGCACUUCUUGUAUGCUGGGGUUGUGAAAGGUACUCCGGCCAUGCUCGUGCAAGUGGCUGCUUUGGCAGACAAGUACCAAGUCAGCCAGUUGCACGCGCUCUGCCUGGAGUCCGUCAUGAAGGCGCUCACGCCGGAGACGGCGUGCGAGAUCUUCGCCGCCGCCGAUCACUUUCACAUGACAUCUCUGCGAGGGGAGGCGCUGGAGAAGAUCCUGAUCAGGCCCGACAAGGCAUUGCAGGCGCGUCCAAACCUCAGUGCGAAGCUACUGGAGGAGAUCCUGGACUCGGGCCUGUUGUGCAUAGAGUAUACAGCCCUCGUAAGCAUGUUUCGAUCCUGGGACACAAAAAAAGAAGGCGGCGACUUGCUCCAGCCUGUCAUCGAAGCUCACAUCAAGCGCGCAACAGCACGCAAGCCCGGCGAGCACUCCAGAAAUGUGCUGUACACUUUGUGGUCUCGCUAUGAGAAGGCCGGGAAGAAUGGCGCCUUUUUGGGCAACUGGGUGGUGGUGACCCUUGACCAAGCAGAGCUUGGUGCGGAAAAUGCAAACUGGCUGAUGGACGGUGCUCGUUAUGGCCGGCUUAACGAUCUGAGUCCGGGUUGGAUCAAAUGGGAGCUCCCACACUCAGCUGUGCGCGUGCUGGGCUUCUCCUUCAGCCACGACAUUCACAACACGGCGUCGCUCGAGAUCCUUUGCUCUGAAGAUGGAGUGGCAUGGCACCUUGCCAGCGCGUGCAAGAAGCAAUGUAUCAAGGCACGCACCUUGCUGGCUUGCAAGAAGCCCCCAGGCCCGGUGAAGUUCUUCAAGGUGCACGUUCUGGAGGGCAUGAUUGCUAGCUUUUUCAGGACCAACUUCUGCAUCCACGGCAUCUUGCAGGGGGGCUGA